AUGAAAGACCCCUUCUUCCUCGAGCCUAUACCAUGGCUCUCUGAUUUGGUUCGCCCUCUGUCUCAUCGGCUGGAUUUGGUGACCCUACCGCUACAUAUCCACGAGGUGCUAUUCGCCGCCCUGCUGUAUUCCGUCAUAUUUUAUCUCCUAUCUCCAAUUAUGUCCCGAAUCAUCGCCCCGAAGCAUUAUCCCCGACUUUCUCGCAACAAACAACUCAACUGGGACGCUCACGUUGUUUCAAUGGUCCAGAGCGUUUUCAUCAACGGACUCGCCUUGUGGAUCAUGUGGGUAGAUGAGGAACGCAGCAGUAUGGACAGAGAAGGUCGAAUCUGGGGAUAUUCUGGGGCGCCAGCUCUGCUGCAAUCUAUGGCCGUCGGUUACUUCGUUUGGGACUUUUUCGUCACUGCCAUGAACCUGGAUAUUUUCGGCAUCGGCACUUUGGCUCAUGCAAUCUCCGCGUUGACUGUCUUCGGUCUGGGAUUCAAACCAUUCGUCAACUAUUACGCAUGCAAUUUCAUACUCUACGAACUCUCCACACCAUUCUUGAAUAUCCAUUGGUUCUUGGACAAGGUCAACAUGACUGGAUCCAGUCUUCAGCUUUACAACGGUUUUGCACUUCUGCUCACCUUUUUCGCAUGCCGGCUUGUCUAUGGGCCCUACCAAACCUACAGAGUUUUCAGCGACAUCUACGUUCUAAAUGGCAAAAACCCGUCCUCGCCAGGUCAAGGAGUAUUUGCUUUCGUUACGUCGCAAAGCUUCAUUCCCAAGUGGCUUUCAUUCACAUAUAUCACCAGCAAUGCAACGCUUACUUUUCUGAAUGUAUACUGGUUCUACAUGAUGAUCUAUGCUGUAAGGAAGAGGUUUAUAAACCCUUGUACGGAGGACGAGAAGAAGGAGCGUGUCACCGAGGUCGAAAUCGACGUGAACGCUUCCGCCUCUGGUGUCUUGUCGCAGGCAAAACCUCGUUCUCGUCGUGCUUAG